AUGACAUUGAAUUUGGUUCAACCGAAAAAUAUACUUGCAACUUUGAAAUGUAAAAGACCCGAAAAUAUCUCAAAUAUCAAGAAAGUGUACAAUAUUUGGUACCAAACUAACAAGGCGUUAAUGGGAGAUAAAACUGAAAUGCAACAACUCUUGAAACAGUUGGAUGAUAACAGUUAUGUGUCUAGGUACCAAACCUGCGAGGAUGGAGUUACCGUUGGAGAUAUAUUUUGGACUCAUCCUGAUUCCAUAAAGUUAUUCAACACGUUUUCUACCGUGGUCAUACUUGAUUCAACAUACAAGACCAACAAGUAUAAACUUCCAUUAUUGGAGAUGGUUGGUGUUACCUCUACUGAGAAGCCCUACUUUGUCGGGUUUGCAUUUCUAGAGAGCGAAAAAGAGGAGAAUGGGACUUGGGUCUUAGAGGUGUGUCGGGCCAUGUUGAAGGACCAAGAAAAGAUUCCUAAAGUGAUUGUUACUGACCGCGAUAUCACCUUGAUGAAUUCAGUGGUAAAGGUUUCCUACUUCUUAUGCAUUACUUUGUAA